CCGGGGACAAGGCAAAGAUGAAGCUGUACUGCCUGUCGGGGCAUCCCACGCUGCCGUGCAACGUCCUCAAGUUCAAGUCGACCACGAUCAUGUUGGACUGCGGCCUGGACAUGACCUCGACGCUCAGCUUCCUACCCCUACCUCUUGUGCACAGUACUCGUUUAUCCAAGCUUCCAGGAUGGGUAACAAAAGACGGGAAUAACCAGUUUGAAAAGGAGCUGAAGGAAUGCUCUGGCCGUGUGUUUGUGGAUUCCGUUCCAGAGUUCUGCCUGCCUGAGACAGAGUUGAUAGAUCUGUCUACUGUAGAUGUGAUUCUCAUCUCUAACUAUCACUGUAUGAUGGCGCUGCCAUACAUCACCGAGCGCACCGGCUUCACUGGCACUGUGUACGCCACCGAGCCGACGGUUCAGAUUGGCAGGCUUUUGAUGGAAGAACUAGUGAAUUUCAUUGAACGGGUACCCAAGGCUCAGUCUGCCACCUUGUGGAAGCACAAGGAUGUACAAAGGCUGCUGCCCGUACCGCUAAAGGAUGCCGUGGAGGUUUUCACCUGGAGGAAAUGCUACACCAUGCAGGAGGUGAAUGCAGCUCUGAGCAAGAUCCAGCUCGUUGGAUACUCCCAGAAAAUAGAACUGUUCGGGGCGGUGCAAGUUACCCCUCUGAGCUCCGGCUACGCCCUCGGCAGCUCCAACUGGGUCAUCCAAUCACAUUAUGAGAAGGUCUCCUAUGUGUCGGGCUCCUCUCUGCUCACAACCCACCCACAGCCAAUGGAUCAAACAUCCCUAAAGAACAGCGAUGUCCUGAUUCUCACAGGGCUCACCCAGAUCCCCACAGCCAAUCCUGACGGGAUGGUGGGAGAAUUCUGCAGUAACCUAGCCAUGACCAUACGCAGUGGCGGCAACGUGUUGGUGCCCUGUUACCCCUCGGGUGUAAUAUACGACCUGCUGGAGUGCCUGUACCAGUACAUCGAUUCUGCCGGACUCUCCAGUGUUCCUUUUUACUUCAUCUCGCCCGUCGCCAACAGCUCCUUGGAGUUUUCCCAGAUCUUCGCAGAGUGGCUGUGCCAUAAUAAGCAGAACAAGGUGUACCUCCCGGAGCCCCCCUUUCCGCACGCUGAGCUGAUCCAGACCAACAAGCUGAAGCACUACCCCAGCAUCCACGGAGACUUCAGCAACGACUUCAAGCAGCCGUGCGUGGUCUUCACGGGGCACCCCACCCUGCGCUUCGGGGACGUGGUGCACUUCAUGGAGCUGUGGGGCAAGUCCAGCCUCAACACUGUCAUCUUCACAGAGCCAGAUUUCUCCUAUCUUGAUGCCCUGGCGCCGUAUCAGCCUCUUGCCAUGAAAUGUGUCUAUUGCCCCAUAGAUACGCGGCUCAAUUUCAUUCAGGUGACCAAACUGCUCAAGGAGGUUCAGCCGCUCCACGUGGUCUGCCCUGAGCAGUAUACCCAGCCUCCAGCCACCCAGGCUCACCGCUCGGACCUUAUGAUCGACUGCCAGCCCCCGCCAAUGUCCUACCGCCGGGCUGAGGUGCUCGCCUUGCCCUUUAAGAGGCGCUAUGAGAAGAUUGAAAUCAUGCCAGAGCUCGCCGAAUCGCUGGUCCCCUUUGAAAUUAAACCGGGGGUCUCUCUGGCCACGGUUUCUGCCGUGCUGCACACCAAGGAUAACAAACACGUCCUGCAGCCUCCUCCAAAGGUUGCAGCGCCCCCUGCCAGCAAGAAAAGGAAACGCCAAGCAGAGGAAAGCCCAGAGACCCAGCCCUUCAAACCGCUGCUUAGUGGCUCCAUCCCCGUCGACCAGUUUGUACAGACACUGGAGAAGCACGGAUUCAGCGACGUGAAGAUCGAGGACACCGCCAAGGGCCACAUCGUGCACCUCCAGGAGGCGGAGACUCUUAUCCAGUUUGAAGAGGACUCCACCCACAUAAUCUGCGAGCACGACGAGCGACUCCGAGUCCGACUGCGCGACCUCGUCCUGAAGUUCCUGCAGAAGUUCUAGAGCGGGGUGUGGAAGAGAGGAUCAUGGGAGGGAUUCCAGCCAUUGCUUCAGACACAGACUGAGCCCUUCCUGUAGGGGGCGCGUGCCUGGCUCCGCCUCCCACACUGAUACUCGAUCUUACAGAUUGGGCUGAUAUUGUGUAUAUUUAUCAGGAGUAGCCCCGCCUUCAUCAUGUCACUUCUUAUACUAAGAGGUGAGGAGGAACGGGAGCUGCCAUAUUGUUCCACUUUUUUAUAACUGUCAGCCAUGUUUUAUGACAUGGGGCGUGGGGGUCUCUGGGAAAUAAACUCAUCUUUUAUCCUU